AUGAAGUUCACUGCCGCUACUUCUCUCUUCGCCGCCGUCGCCAGCGCGACCACUGUCUCCUGGGACGCAGGCUACGACGAUGCUGGCCGAUCCAUGACCGCCGUCUCUUGCUCUGACGGUGCCAACGGCCUGAUCACCAAAUACGGCUACCAAACCCAAGGCGCCAUCCCCAACUUCCCACUCGUCGGUGGCUCCAGCGACAUCGCCGGCUGGAACAGCGCCCAGUGCGGCCAAUGCUACUCGGUCAGCUACAACGGCAAGACCAUCAACAUCCUCGCCAUCGACCACGCCGGCGACGGUCUCAACUUGUCCAAGGGCGCCAUGAACCAGCUCACCAACAACCAGGCUGACGCUCUUGGCCGUGUGGACGCCACUGUCACCAAGGUGGACGUUUCUCAGUGUGGUCUUACCCCUAAGCGCUCGAUCGAGUUCAACGCUUAG